AUGCGCACCCACCCGUCCCCAAAAGAGUGCGAGGUCGUCCAGCCCGCCACCCCGCGCGGCCAGACUUUGACGCCCCUCUUCCUCAUCCACGACGGCGGCGGCACGACUUUCGCCUACCACUGCCUCUCCUCCCUCGAAGGCCGCGCCGUCUUUGGCAUCGCCAACCCGCGCUUCCACUCCGGCGUACCGUGGGAGGGGGGCGUCCCCGAGAUGGCGGCGACCUACCUGCUGAUGAUCCGCAACACCGUGACCAAGGGGCGCGAGUACCCCGCUCUGGCGCCGUAUUCCUCCCACGCUGACGGGAGGCCGAAGAGGAGGAGGAUCCUGUUGGGCGGAUGGAGUUUGGGGGGUCUGCUUUCGUUGGAGAUUGCGAGGCUAUUGGGAGAGGACGAUCGGGAUUUUGAGAUUGUGGGGUUGGUCAUGGUCGAUAGCGUGUACCCCGUCUGGCCCGAGGGCUCUAAUUUGAAAAUUGGGCGAUUUGUGGAGGACGAGAAGCAGGAGACAGAGCCCAAGAACCUGAGACUCGCCAAGAGGGCGAUGAAGAUGGCGGGCGCGAUGGUGAGGGUGUGGAAGAUGCCCCGGUGCGGGGCGGCGUCCGAGGCGUCGUCUUUGUCGGUUCCCAAGGCGGCUGGGUAUACCGACGACGAUGUUCACGAGAGUGCGACGACGACGGCUAACGGCGGAGACGUGGAAAAGGACUUUUAUGUCUCCAAAGAGGAGAAGGAGACGGCCGAGAUCGUGUGGGAGAGGCCGCCGCGGGCUGUGCUCGUCAAGGCGAAGCAGCACGUGCCGAUGCCGGUGGAGGGCAUCAGCUCCGUGGACGUUUACCGCGGGGACGAGAAGCUCGGGUGGGAUGGGUAUUGCCCUGGGUUUGUGGAGGGGGUGCUGCUGACGGAGGGGAGUCACUUUGACAUGUUUGCGUGGACCAACAUUGACGGUAUCACGGAGAAGAUUGCUGAGGCUUGCCGGAUCUUGGAGGGGGUUCAGUAG